CCAGGUGGGCGAGGGCGCAUGCGUGCCUCCUCCUCCCGGUUAUUAGGAGCUUGGCGACAGUUGAAUGUUAGGCGCGGGAUUUCCGGUUUGCGUUUUGCACCGUUUAGUUCAGUAACCCCCAGCAUGGCGGACCCCAGGAUUCGACAGAUAAAAAUCAAGAUCGGCGUGGUGAAACGGCUAGCAAAGGAAAAGCUCAUGUAUGAAAAAGAAGUAAAACAACAGGAAGAAAAGGUUGAGAAAAUGAAAGUCGAUGGGAAUGAUCAAUAUUUGGUUAAAAAGCAGGUGAGUUGCUUCUCGGUUUUAAGUUGUACUUGGAAUAACUUAUUGAGCAUAACAGCUCCAAGAUACUAUGCCCUUAUUAGUGUUUAUCCCAGAUGAAACAAAUCAUUAAAA